GCUCCGUAGCUGGGAUACACACGAACACACAUACAUAUUACCACAUAACUACUACCAAUGGCUAUAAAAACAAAAUCAACAAUGGCAACAAAGAUGACUCAAAAACAGCUAUGUAAACAAGAAGAAGAAGAUCAACAACAGCAACAUCAACAUCAACAAAAACAAAAUUCGAAUUAUUCACAUCGGUUGCAUCUUCAUUUGGGAACAACACCGUUUCAGCUGCAAACCGUUGCAAUUUCAAUGGUUGUUAUUAUUUUUGGAUUACUUUGUACUGCGAUUUGUGUCAGUGGGCAAGUUGACGGCUACACAGCAGGCGUUGAUUAUCCUGCCUAUGAAUCGGUGCCCAAAGGACUUUCAUUCAAAUGCAGAAAUCGGCUGCCAGGUUAUUACGCUGAUACGGAGACGCGUUGUCAGGUCUGGCAUUGGUGCCUGCAUUCGGGUCAUCAAUACUCAUUCAUAUGCCCCAACGGUACUGUUUUCAAUCAAGCUGUACGUGUAUGUGAUUGGUGGACGAAUGUCAAUUGCCCAGUGGCAGAACAAUUGUACAAAAACAACGAUGAACUAUACCGUACCACCGAACCAAAUCCCGAACAGAACCUCUGAUAUAAGGCCACUCAAGCCAUAAAUCAAACCAGUUUAUUGAGCCAGCCAAAGCAAAAUUAUCAAUAUCAGACACAGCAGCAGCAGCAGCAAGCGAAA